CCUCCCAAAGUGUUGGGAUUACAGGUGUGAGCCACUGUACCCAUCCUAAAACAGGUGUUUUUUACUAUGGCAGUGAAGAAUACCUUGACCUCUAGUACAGCUUGGUGCAGUUGCCUUGAUUUGUGCUAAGGCAGCAGUUUUUUACUCAUUGCUACUUUUGUGUCAUUGUGCAAAUGUUAUCAAAGGGACAAUGCAGAUAAUGUCUUAGUAUUAUUAUGAAAAUAGUUUUGAUCUCAGGCACCCCCACCCCGUCCUCCUAGCCCAAAGGGUCUCAGAGAUCCCUAGGGUUUUUCAGGCCACACUUUUGAGAACCACUGAUCUAAUACAUGCUCAGAGCACUGAGAACCUUUUCCUCCUGUAUUGCUAUUCUGGGAGCAUCCCUUCCAUUAAAAGUUUUAAGUGUCUCCCAAAUUCUUCACUCUUCAAAAGCACCUUGUUUUGGAACUAACAUUGAAUAAGUAACAACCUUUCUUCUCCAAGAAUUUUAUUGGGGAUUGCUGAGUAAGGGAAUAAGACAGAUAAUUAGAGUUAUAAUGUAAGAAUUCCUUAAAAAGAAUUAUGUUAACUGAUAGAUGACAGAGGGAGUGCUAAAUUCUGAAUCUAACUCUUGAGGUCUUGAACCUCAUGAUAAAUCCACUCCACUUUCUCUUCUUCUACCAAACCUCUUUUAAAUGUGCAAGUUAUUAAUAAAUUGCCUUCACAGCGCUUGGCUCCAGGCAUUGUAGUUUUCCAAAACCCUUCCUAUUGUGUGUGGUGGUGUUCUUUGUGCUUACCUAGUUCUCCUAUUUACAGGUGUGUAAACUUGAGCCACUACUGUAGCUAAUGUCUGUUUCUUUCACAUGUCCUUAUAAUUAAAGAUUCUUUGGAUGGGAAGAGACCUUGAAAGGACCUCUAGUUUAUCCUGCAACUCCAGUCAAUAUCCCACUUACAUCAUCCCAGUUAUGGAUACUAACUUAUCAGGACAAUAAAGUCAAAGUCCCUGUUAGAGCUAAUUAGAUUCCUCUCGACAAAAAUUGUUACCUGGACGUAGCCACAAAGAAAAUCAGGUAAUAGAGGAAACCUAACCAAUGACUGUGGAAUAAUAUGGAAGAAGAUGGAAAAAACUUGUUUAAUGGGUUGAGAGAGUGGCAACUUCUAUAAGACAUGGAUAGAUGCAAACAUGUAGGGCGGUUACGGCUCGCCCAGGACCACUCCAUCCUGAACCCUCAGAAGUGGUGCUGCUUGGAGUGUGCCACCACCGAGUCCGUGUGGGCCUGCCUCAAGUGCUCACACGUGGCCUGUGGCCGAUACAUUGAGGACCACGCCCUGAAACACUUUGAGGAGACUGGACACCCGCUAGCCAUGGAAGUCUGGGAUCUCUAUGUGUUCUGUUACCUGUGCAAGGACUACGUGCUCAAUGAUAACCCGGAGGGGGACCUGAAGCUGCUGAGAAGCUCCCUCCUGGCGGUCCGGGGCCAGAAGCAGGACCUGCCGGUGAGACGCGGGCGGACGCUGCGGUCCACGGCUUCGGGCGAGGACGUGGUCCCGCCGCAGCGCACUCCUCAGGGACAGCCGCAGAUGCUCACGGCUCUGUGGUACCGGCGCCAGCGACUGCUGGCCAAGACGCUACGGCUGUGGUUCGAGAAGAGCUCCCGGGGCCAGGCGAAGCUGGAGCAGCGGCGGCGGGAGGAGGCGCUGGAGCGCAAGAAGGAGGAGGCACGGCGACGGCGGCGCGAGGUGAAGCGGCGGCUGCUGGAGGAGCUGGCCAGCGCCCCUCCGCGCAAGAGUGCACGGCUGCUCCUGCACGCGCCCCGCGACGCGGGCCCGGCCGCCACGCGCUCCACUGCCCUUCCUACCUCACGCAGAGCGCCCGCUGCUGCGCUCAAGCUGCGUCGCCAGCCUGCUGUGGCCCCGGGCGUCACGGGCCUGCGCAACCUGGGCAACACCUGCUACAUGAACUCCAUCCUCCAGGUGCUCAGCCACCUCCAGAAGUUCCGAGAAUGUUUCCUCAACCUUGACCCUUCCAAAACGGAACAUCUGUUUCCCAAAGCCACCAACGGGAAGACUCAGCUUUCUGGCAAGCCAACCAGCAGCUCAGCCACGGAACUGUCCUUGAGGAGUGACAGGGCCGAGGUAUGCGAGCGGGAGGGCUUCUGCUGGAACAGCGGGGCCUCCAUCAGUCGGAGCCUGGAGCUCAUCCAGAACAAGGAGCCGAGCUCAAAGCACAUUUCCCUCUGCCGUGAACUGCACACCCUCUUCCGAGUCAUGUGGUCCGGGAAGUGGGCCUUAGUGUCGCCCUUUGCCAUGCUUCACUCAGUGUGGAGCCUGAUCCCUGCCUUCCGUGGCUAUGACCAACAAGACGCUCAGGAGUUUCUCUGCGAGCUGCUCCACAAAGUGCAGCAGGAGCUCGAGUCUGAGGGCACCACCCGCCGGAUCCUCAUCCCCUUCUCCCAGAGGAAGCUCACCAAACAGGUCUUAAAGGUGGUGAAUACCAUAUUUCAUGGGCAGCUGCUCAGUCAGGUCACAUGUAUAUCAUGCAAUUACAAAUCCAAUACCAUUGAGCCCUUUUGGGACCUGUCCCUGGAAUUCCCUGAACGCUAUCACUGCAUAGAAAAGGGGUUUGUCCCUUUUAAUCAGACAGAGUGCUUGCUCACUGAGAUGCUGGCCAAGUUCACAGAGACAGAGGCCCUGGAAGGGAGAAUCUACGCUUGUGACCAGUGUAACAGCAAACGACGAAAAUCCAAUCCCAAACCCCUUGUUCUGAGUGAAGCUAGAAAGCAGUUAAUGAUCUACAGACUACCUCAGGUCCUCCGGCUGCACCUUAAAAGAUUCAGGUGGUCUGGCCGUAAUCAUCGAGAGAAGAUUGGGGUCCAUGUCGUCUUUGACCAGGUAUUAACCAUGGAACCUUACUGCUGCAGGGACAUGCUCUCCUCUCUUGACAAAGAGACCUUUGCCUAUGAUCUCUCCGCAGUGGUCAUGCAUCACGGGAAAGGGUUUGGCUCAGGACACUACACAGCCUAUUGCUACAACACAGAGGGAGGUUUUUGGGUCCACUGCAAUGACUCAAAGCUGAAUGUAUGCAGUGUCGAGGAAGUAUGCAAAACCCAGGCCUACAUCCUUUUUUACACUCAAAGAACAGUGCAGGGCAAUGCAAGAAUCUCAGAAACCCAUCUCCAAUCUCAGGUGCAGUCCAGCAACAACGAUGAAGGCAGACCACAGACAUUUUCCUGAAAUGGGAGGCAUGUAUCAAAGACUGGCUUGCUUUUAAACUAUUGGUGUCCAUACAUCUUUCCUCUUAUAGGAAAUAAGGCUACUGCAGGAACAGAUGACUAGGUUUGCCUCACUGAGUCUAGAGUAGAAGGUGCCAGGUGAUUCAUGUCCUAUCAUAAAUUUUGUAGUCUCUUUUCAUUGAAUUUGGGAAUUCCCUCCUUUCAUAAAAACAAAUCAAAAGAAGUAACUUCUAUGAAGAUCAUUUCAUCAGUUGCUUCUGAAUAUAGAGGGAUCUGGGUGGAGAAGAGGGGGAGUAAAUUGAUCAUAUCCACACAGGAGAGCAGCCAUGUUUUCUCUCCAUUAUGUGAUUCCCCUGCUAAUCAGGACCUCCUUGCAGCAUCAGAAGAACCCUCUGGAUGUGAGCAGCCCUGGACAGAGCACGUGAGGAGGGGCCCUGGGCUAGCAGCUUGCUGGAUGGGAUUGGCUCCAAGAUGGGAGAUGAAGUCUAAAGGGUUUAUUCCCACAAAGGAAGUAACCCUCAAGGGUUUAAAACAAAAUUCCUUUUCAGGGGAUAGCAGCUGAAGAGUGGAGUGAGAUGCAUGGAACAAAUUUCCCCAUGCAAAAUGGGAUGGUUUUCAUAUGUCAUACCCUCCCUGCCUGCCACUGUCAUUUAAUCAUUCUAUACUUCUGAGACUGGUGUGAAUAUCCCUUCAUUCUAAAGAAGGGGCAGUUUAUAUAAAGAAGCAAUAGACUAGCACAUGUUGCAUGCUGAGCCAAAGGGCACUCCUGGCUAUCGCAGUUCUGUAGCAGAGCCCUGGUUCAGGUCUAAGGCAAGCACAUGGUUUGGCUUAAACUGGUUCUUAGGUUUUCUCAGAACUCAGUUGAGGGUAGGCAGAGAUAGCCGGUGCUCCAGGGCUUAUUGAAUGCCUGUCACCUGUUCUCACUUCAGUGCAGCUUGUGGCUUCUUAGCCUGCAACGUCUUUCAUGUUCCUGGAGAGCCGGAACAUUCAUGUCCACAGGGUUUGGGAGCUUUUGGUUUUCUAGGGUAUGGUAACUGCUUAGGAAUCCACCCCCUACAUAUCUGAAGAGUUUAUUGCUGAUGGUCUUGGCCUGUUUCCUUCCAAAUCUUGAUAGUCCCUACUGUUGCUUUACCCGCUAUACUCAGUCCAUCAGAGAAAAAAGCAAGAGUGCCCUGUCCUUUCUCCCAGUGCUAGUAAAAUGCACCUUCCUUUUUAAAUUGGGUCAGUUUCUAAACAGAAUGAAAUUGCCCAGAUAAAAAUCCUUGUCCCCAUCAGGCACCACUUCAUUCUUAGUUCUUCACUUAGAUUUGCUGAACUUUUGUUGCUAUGGUUGCUGCAGUAAGCCUCACUCAACCUGUCACUAUGAAUGCUCAUCUUUUGACUGAGUAUAUCAUAUUCAUGUUUGAAUUCAGGUAGAAGUACAGUUGUCACUUGAAGGGAGUAGAUGUGGAAGAGAGUUUGGGGAAGGGUGGAAAGUGGGGAAAGCAAGGCUAAAGAAUGAGGGUUAUAGCUUUAGCAAUGUUGAUGAGCCACAUUUCCCGCAUAGAUCUGUAGCAUUUGCUGUUGACCUCAAAAUUUUGAAAUGAACUCUCCCAUAGGCCCUGCCAGGCAGCACUGAGACAUGGAGGAAAUUCAGACAAAAAAAUGGCUCACCCUGAUAGGGAAGGAGUGGCUAUAUUUUAAAUUAAACUUGCUUUUUCCAACACUGUGAGGUUUCUGUAAUAUUUAGCUUUUAUUUGGAAGCGAUAGCGUAUGGCAUUUUUUUAUGCUAUUUGGUUUAUAUUUCUACUGCAGGCUUCUUUGUAUAAGCUUUGCCUGGGCUCACCCUCUCCUGGACACUGUUUUAAAGUGUCAACACUGUCCAUGCUGCCAGAGGCUCUGAUGUGAAGCUGUACUCUCAAGAUCCACAGUUUUAAGUCAGUAUGAUUAGUAAUGAUUUUUUGUGGCAAUAGAAAAGCCCAUUAACUCAAAAACACCAAGGAGAGUAAAAAGGAAAGGAAACUAUGAAUCGUGCCUCAUCUUUCAUUGAAUCCUAUAUUUAUUAUUCUAGAAAAAGAGAACUUACGAGAUAGAGAAGAACUAAUAGAGCAUCUACUUUACCCCUCAGGCUGUCCAGUGGGGAUAAUUAUUAAUAAACAUUUAAUGGAAAAUUCAAAGAUCUUCCAAUUUAAUUUUUAAAAAGUUUUAUACCAAAUAUUAUAAGGAUUUAUUAAGCAGAUUAAGGACUUUGUGAAGUAAGUGCUUAACUUAGCUGAGCACAUAUAUAUCAAAGUAAUAAAAGAAACUAACAUCAGAGUCUCCACUGAGCUACACAUUUGCGAAAGGUGCGCACUGCAGUUACAGACACCUCAGGUACCCAGAGGCAGCAGCACUAGACACUUAAGAAGUUAGUAUUAAGGAGAUUUCUAUUAAAGAAGAAUUCCCUGCUGCAUAAGCCAAUGGCUAUUGUGAGGGAAAUGUCCCUUUGCCUUUAAUUUAUUUACAUAUUGGGUAUAGAUGAAUGUCUCAGUUGCAUCUUAAAUUAAAUUGAAUCAUUCUAAAGAGAAGAAAAGAGGAACCAGGUAAAAGCUGACUAGAUGCUGCCAAAUCAAACCCAAGGUCUCCUAACCGAACCUUUAAUGGGCCCACUUCUCUCCCAGGGCAAGUAGUUAAGAGUCUUGUUCCAGGAACCCUUUGUAGUCAGUUGGCUGGCAUGUUUACUUGCUGCUGUAGCCAGCCAAGAUGAGUGCACCUAGGCCCUCAAAAAGGAUUUUUUUUUUACCUCAAUCUAGCCUGACCCUCAUAUUUGUGGUUGCCUCUAAGACGAACAUCCAUGCUAGUGUAAAAAUAAUUAGGAAUGGCCUUGGUAGUCAGGAACUGAAGCUCUUAUUACAUGGUGGAUGGAGCUCUUGCCAGCUUUGAUCCAGCCCCUCAAUCUUGGAGUUACGGGGCAGGGCUGGGGGGCAGUGCUACACUGUAAAGAAUUUCCAGAUGUUUCUUAAAAUGUUAUGAAUAAAAUUGGAAACUGUAGAAGUGUUAAUGUGUCCUAUGGACUCAAUAGCAGAGUUUAUUUUUGUUUUUAAUGGCAAGGCUUCUAGAGUCAAUGAUUGUAUGAGUUUGCUACUCUGGCUAUGCUUACAGCUCCAUCCAAGUACAAGGGAAGAACCAAUGAGGUGGAUUGGCUGGCAGUGGGGCAUGCCCCAGCAUAAGCCCUAGAGAUGUUGACAGUAGUGCAGAAUGAACACUUGGUUGGGGAUGGCGGGUGGGGGGUGGGAGUUGGGUGGGUGGGCUGGGAGGGAUAAAUGGAGUUUGUUUUACUUACUGAUAAAGCUUUGUGAACUAAUUUUAUACAAUUCAUAAAAUUUGGUGCCUUGUACUCGAUUAUGGUUUGCAUGGAAUUGAAGAUUAAGGGAAAGGAUUUCUUCUUAUCAUUUGAAGUGGCAAAUGGGUCUGUGUAGUGUUUAAAGGACAUCUGGUAUCACAGACUUUUAAAAAGCAUUUCAUAUCUCUUGUCUGUGAAUGCAAAUUAUUCUUACCAGCAAGUUCUGCAAUUUUGUUGUAAUGUCCAAAUUCUUUGUAUUUGUGACUGUUCAUCAAAUGGCUGCUUUUCAAAGCAGACUGUGUACCCCAUUGUUUUUCACUACCUUUAUCAUAUUCCAUAUGUUAACUUGGGCCUUUCCAAAUCAGGCUGGGGGCCUACUCAGAUAGGGAUAUAGUAUACAUUUUUUCAAAAUUGUAUAAAUUUUUUUUUAAAAAGAGAAAAAAUAAAUGAAAUCUUACUCAAACCAUCAUUAUGGCUUUAAAACCCAACCAGCAGUAAACACUUACUUGAAGUCAAAACAGUAAAUUUUGAAUGAAAUUUUAAUUAUGCUUUUGGAAGCUGCCGUAACUCUUGCUGGAUUUUGAUUUUCAAUUUUGGAAGUUUUUAUCAAAUAAACUGUUCACAGUCAUUAGAUUAGGUAGCAGACUUUAAGGAUCUACAUUUCAUUCCUAUAAAAAAAAACAGGACGUACUGGUAUUUCUUGUCUUAGCAAGUAGUUUGAUGCAGGUCUAAAUAGGUUUAGCAUCUAUACUAUGGCUUAAAAGAUUCCUCCUUUGUCACCAUUUGGGAGGUGAUGGCUUCAAAGCUAAGCUUUGCUUUCAUGUGACCUUUCUUCAUCUUAAUACCCAAUAAGAUAUAAAUCUCUCAGAGUCUACCCAGUGUAGACUCAAAUGGUCUUAGCUUCAUCUAUCAGGUAAGAUCUAGCUGAUUUAUACAAGAGAAUGGUGCUUUUUAAAAUAUACAUACUUUAAAAAUCUAAUUCUCAAGUAAUUUUCUUAAUAUUUAUGCUGGCAAGGUCAAGAAAGACUAUUUUGUCCUGUUUAUAUUUAGUAGUGAACAAACUGCUAGAGACAUCUGUCAGUCUUAACAGGCCACUGUGGUCCAUAUAUACUGCCUCCUUUCCAAUUAAUGUCCUUUAAUCCCAUACUAGUUCCAUAGGAGACUUGGCACAUGAAAGCACUGUUUUUCUUAAUGCCUAGUAAACUGACCAGAAAAAAAUAUUGCCAUGGGGGACCUGUUUCUAUCCACCUCUUUCUGUGGCUACAUGAGUUUAUACAUGCCAGUUCCAUACAUAUUCCAUUUCCAAAGAGCCCCCAAACCCUGGACAGUAGCACUACCAUGAAUUUUAGGGUCACAAAACAUUUAUUUCCUUCUGAAGGCAGCAGCUUCCUCAGCAGUGUCACUUUAGUGCCCACUGCCCAGGAUUACUUCACUGUGCUCCCCCCCACACACAUCACUGCCCUCUUUCUGCCACCAAACCUCACUUUUCCAGCAACAAUGCCUCCCUGGUGCCUGGAAAACCCACCUGGUGCACUAAAAUGCUAUGCAACACCAAAUGGCUUCUUCCCCUAAUAUUGCUCAACAAUAUAAAUUCUUCAAGAAUAAAUUUCAUGCUAUGUUAACAUCAAUGUAUGGUUAGUUUCCUUUUUUUUUCCUUUUAAAAUGAAGCAAACCACCUCCAUUAAAAUCCAUGUUUGGGGCUUGUUUUUGUCUCUCAAGUGUGAAAUAUAAAUCAUGUUUUUAUGAUUUUUGUAAAUCUUAACUUUUUACACUUUGUUUUUGUAAGCAAAAGUUUCUUAUUAAAAGAAUAAAAUGA